AUGAAGUGUCUCCUCGUCGCCGUCGUCGCUCUGUGCGGCGUUGUAUCCAGCAUGCCCUACAACAACAACUUUGGCGCUGUCGGACAGGUCGGACACAUUGCGGCGGGUCUCAACGACUACGGCAAGGGACAAUAUGGAGGCGCCGAGGGUCUUCGUCGUUACGGAAGCUACAACAAAGCGGCCAAUGCCGCCAGCAAAGCCGCCGACAACUACGCCGCCCACGGUAACGACUACCACAAGGCUGCUGACCAUGCCAGCGCAAAGGGAGACGCCGCCUCCAACUACUACGGCCACAAGAACGCCGCUCACGCUGACAAAGCCUCCGGUGCUGCUGCUCUGGCCAACAAAGCCAACUACCACGAUGCUGCUGCCACAAAGUACGCAAGGAAGGACGAUGCCUCCAAAGCUGCUGCCAACAACGACUACGCCAACAACAACUACUACAGAAAGGGGAACGUCUAUAACACCGGAGUCCACUACGGCUUCGACAAGAAGUAUAACAAGAACGCCGAUGAGGGCGGUGACUACGAAAUUCUUGAUGACAGCUCUUCCCACAACCUCGACGAAUACCGUGACAAGAACGCGGCCUACAGCGCUGCCAACAGAGACCACGCCGCCAACAAAUAUGCUGCUGAUCGAUCUCAUGCUCUGAAAGACAGCAAGUACGGUAAGGACGCCAGCAAGGCUCAAUACGGUAACGGUAAAUACGGCUCUGCUGCUAGUCAGGCUGCCAAGAACGGUGCUGCCAACCACGGUUACGACGGCAAACUUAACGAAGCUGCCGGAAGCAACAAAUACUACGCCAACGCCCACGAUGCUGCCGUCAACAAACAUGACGAGUUCGCCGGCAAGAACGCCUACUACAACAGAAAGAACGCCGCCAAUGCAGCUGCACAGGCCGCCAACAACAUCGCCGGAUAUGGAGGUCUCGCCCAUGGUGUAUCUGGAGGUCUUCUCGGCAAAGGAGUAGGAUACGGCAAGGGCUACGGUAACCAGUACGGCCACGGAUACAACAAUGGCUACCUCGGACAUGAUGCACACAACAACAAAUAUUACGAUGCUGCCGCCCACGGUCAACACGCUAACCACUAUGAUGGUGCUGCCAAUGCCGCCCUCGCCAAAACCGGAGGAUACGGAUCUAAACUGGGUGAUUCCAGCCGAAGCAAGGCUGGUGCCGCCUAUCACAGAGACGGCUACAACAACGCUCACGCCAACGACUACUACAAGUCUGGAGCUGCAGCUGCCAACAACAACGCCUACAGAUACAAUAAGGACGGUGCCGCUGCCAACAACCAUGGCUUCAGUCACGCCGGUGCCGACGCUGCCAGUCUCUAUGACAACAAAGCCGCCGCUCACGACAAUGCCAAAUCUGCCUACGCCAAAGACGACUACAGACCCGGCGGCAACAACUACGAGCGUCUCAACUACGACAAGAAGGACUACAGGGACAACUUUGGACAGAACGCCAAUGCCGCUCAUGCCAACGCAAAGAAAUACUCUCAGAACCUGUACAAGAACGCUGCCAAUGCCGCCGCCCAUAACAACGACAAAUAUGCUGCCAACCACGCCAACAAAGCCUCCAACUACUACGAUGCUGCUGAUGCUGCCAACGGAAACGCCGCAAAGAAAUCCAACUACUACAACAAAAACGCCGCUGCCUCUGCCAGUGCUGCCAACGCUGCCGCCAAGUCUCUUCAUGACAACCACAACAACGCCGCUGCUGCCAACGCCAAGAGCCUCAACAACUACGCCCACAACCAGUACGGCAACAACGGUCACGCUUUCAACGUCGCCCACGGUGCUGCUGUCAACCAUGCCGGUGCCGCCCACAACACCCCAGCUACGGUUACGGCGUCGGACACGGACUUGGAGGAGCUGGCCGUGGAGUUGUCGGCCUUGGUCACGGCGUCAGUGGUUACGGUAAUGGGCUCGGCAGAGGAGUUGUCGGCCUUGGAAAUGGCGUUGGUGGAUUCGGUAACGGAGUUGUCGGACUUGGUAGAGGCUUUGGCCCUGGUCAAAGUUAUAGAGGUUAUAACCAGUACCCUUACUACGGACAAGCUUGGCCACGUUGCCUCGGGUCUCAACGACUACGGCAAGGGACAAUAUGGAGGCGCCGAGGGUCUUCGUCGUUACGGAAGCUACAACAAAGCGGCCAAUGCCGCCAGCAAAGCCGCCGACAACUACGCCGCCCACGGUAACAACUACCACAAGGCUGCUGACCAUGCCAGCGCAAAGGGAGACGCCGCCUCCAACUACUACGGCCACAAGAACGCCGCUCACGCUGACAAAGCCUCCGGUGCUGCUGCUCUGGCCAACAAAGCCAACUACCACGAUGCUGCUGCCACAAAGUACGCAAGGAAGGACGAUGCCUCCAAAGCUGCUGCCAACAACGACUACGCCAACAACAACUACUACAGAAAGGGGAACGUCUACAACACCGGAGUCCACUACGGCUUCGACAAGAAGUAUAACAAGAACGCCGAUGAGGGCGGUGACUACGAAAUUCUUGAUGACAGCUCUUCCCAUAACCUCGACGAAUACCGUGAUAAGAAUGCGGCCUACAGCGCUGCCAACCGCGACCACGCCGCCAACAAAUAUGCUGCUGAUCGCUCUCAUGCUCUGAAAGACAGCAAGUACGGUAAGGACGCCAGCAAGGCUCAAUACGGUAAUGGUAAAUACGGCUCUGCGGCAAGUCAGGCUGCCAAGAACGGUGCUGCCAACCACGGUUACGAUGGCAAACUUAACGAAGCUGCCGGAAGCAACAAAUACUACGCCAACGCCCACGAUGCUGCCGUCAACAAACAUGACGAGUUCGCCGGCAAGAACGCCUACUACAACAGAAAGAACGCUGCUAAUGCUGCUGCACAGGCUGCCAACAACAUCGCCGGAUAUGGAGGUCUCGCCCAUGGUGCCCAUGGCGUCGCUGGUGGUGCUGGUGUCCGAGGUGUAUCUGGAGGUCUUCUCGGCAAAGGAGUAGGAUAUGGCAAGGGCUACGGUAACCAGUACGGCCACGGAUACAACAAUGGCUACCUCGGACAUGAUGCACACAACAAUAAGUACUACGAUGCCGGCGCACACGGUCAACACGCUGACCACUAUGAUGGUGCUGCCAAUGCCGCCGUCGCCAAAACCGGAGGAUACGGAUCUAAGCUGGGUGACUCCAGCCGAAGCAAGGCUGGUGCCGCCUAUCACAGAGACGGUUACAACAACGCUCACGCCAACGACUACUACAAGUCUGGAGCUGCAGCUGCUAACAACAAGGCCUACAGAUACAAUAAGGACGGUGCCGCUGCCGACAACCAUGGCUUCAGUCACGCCGGUGCCGACGCUGCCAGUCUCUAUGACAACAAAGCCGCCGCUCACGACAAUGCCAAAUCUGCCUACGCCAAGGACGACUACAGACGUAAGUACAACGAGGGGGCCAAGAAACACCAUCUGGUCAAGAAGUUCCACCAUCAUUCUAAAGCCGGCGGCAACAACUACGAGCGUCUCAACUACGACAAGAAGGACUACAGGGACAACUUUGGACAGAACGCCAAUGCCGCUCAUGCCAACGCAAAGAAGUACUCUCAGAACCUGUACCAGAACGCUGCCAAUGCCGCCGCCCAUAACAACGACAAAUAUGCUGCCAACCACGCCAACAAAGCCUCCAACUACUACGAUGCUGCUGAUGCUGCCAACGGAAACGCCGCAAAGAAAUCCAACUACUACAACAAAAACGCCGCUGCCUCUGCUGGUGCUGCCAACGCUGCUGGCAAGUCUCAUUAUGACAACCACAACAACGCCGCUGCUGCCAACGCCAAGAGCCUCAACGACUACGCCCACAACCAGUACGGUAACAACGGUCACGCUUUCAACGUCGCCCACGGUGCUGCUGCCAACCACGCCGGUGCCGCCCACAACACCCCAAGCUACGGUUAUGGCGUCGGACACGGACUUGGAGGAACUGGACAUGGUGUUGUCGGCCUUGGUCACGGCGUCAGUGGAUACGGUAGUGGUUUCGGCAGAGGAGUUGUCGGCCUUGGAAAUGGCGUUGGUGGAUUCGGUAACCGAGUUGCCGGCCUUGGUAGAGGCUUUGGCUCUGGUCAAAGUUAUGGAGGUUACAACCAGUACCCUUACUACGGGUAA